AAUGGAAUUUGUCAUACAAAGUGACUGGUAUGAGCGAUCGUGAAUUGUCGGCAUUCUCUUGAGAAUCCACAGAGGCACGAGGAAGUCAACAGAUGCAGAUACAGAAAUGGCAACGGUGUUGCCUCGUGUCUUUACCUGGCCUACCUGUGCUUAACGAGUAUUGAAUACGAACAUCAUUUAACGGCUGAUUUCACAAAGAAGCCUUAUACGGGGAAACCUGCACUAAGAAUGGACGCUGUGUGCUGGAUAGAACGACAUGUCGAAACUGGAAUAUUUGACAGAAAUCGUGGAACAACGUGUUGAAACUAUAGAGCUUUCGAAAUAACCUGCAGCUAAAUACAACGCAAAUCUGUUCUAAAAGGGAAAAGCUGAGAAAUAAAUCGGGUCCACUUCAUGCAAAAGGAUUAUCAGUUGUCAUUGGUAUAUGAAAAGAGACAUUAUAAAAAUAAGAUUGUGCAUUGAAGUUAUUUAUGGAAUAUCUCACCAAAGACAUCAAUCACCUAUUGGUAACACAAAGAAAAUUGACGGAGGAGUUUUUUUGAUGAUUACCAGUAGAAUAUGAUAUUGACUGUGGCCGCUGUGUCAUCAACACGUCUCUGUGAUUAAGAUUUCAUUAUUUCUGCUCGAAAGGACUUCACCCAAUGAACAAUAAAAAUACAAUAUAGAAAAAUUGUCAAUGAACUUGAAAGGAAAUUCUCGUUAGUUAAGAGAAUAACCUCAGUCGACAUAAUGUGCACACUAUGACGAAGCAUUUUUUUUUCGAAAUUCAAUUAAACUUCAAAGCAGUGAAUCAGAUUCAGACUGGGAAGAGUUUUGAGUGUGACAAAGUACGUUUCUCUAGUCGGACAUCUAUGUGACCACAGAGAAACCCAUUUCUCUGUUUGAAUGCCAUCGUAAGGUCAAGGAAGGUGACAGAAGACAUUGUGAGAGAGGAGAAAUACUAUUUUGUGUUUGGCUGUUGUUGUGAAGUUAAAGGAAAAUUCCUUCUCAAAAGAUAUCCUUGUGAGGAGCGGGGAAAUCAUUCACCUUGUUGCAAGCUUUUGUAAAGCCAAGGAAACGUUUCUCUGAUAACAGCGUCGUUUUGAGGAUUUGAGGCACAUUCCUCAAGUGGAUGUCAUAAUGCUGUGUUUUAAUCAUGCUUUGAAUAGUUUUUAUGAAGAAACUGCAGCAGAAGGAAAAAGGCAAAGUGAUGAAUUUACAGGAAUUUGAUUCAAUGAACGGUGAUUUUCAAAUGAUUGGAAUGAAAACUUGUUUGAGUGGUUAGUGAACAUUUUUAUAAAUUCCAUAUUAUUAAUGGAGUUGAUUUUUUUUUAGGAAAAUUCUUCAGAAAAAAUUGUUAGUAUGCCGGACCAGAAUGACAACACUUCAGAUGAACAAUCGUUUUUGUCAGGACUGAAUUUGUCUGACUUAAACUUCCCAUUUCCUCUGAAUGGAUCAAUUGACCUGUCCAACUACCCGUUCACUGACUUCUUUGACGAUUUCAACUUGAAUGAAUCGCCAGGCAGUGAACUUGGUUACCAGAAGGAUAUGCUCAUGUAUUAUCUUAUGGGUAUCUGUGGUAUGAGCCUGUGCUGUUUGGGAAUUAUCGGCAAUAUUUUGUCUGUGAUCGUUCUUAGCCAGCGGCUGAUGAGAUCUUCCACAUAUUCCUACCUAUCUGCUUUAGCCUUAAGUGAUUCUUUCUUCCUCUUUAUGACUAUGUUACUUCUUAUCAAAGACACGAAAAAGCCCGUCAAAUCCGAGAUUCGAUGGAUGGAGCCUUAUUAUGUGUACAUGUUUCCAUAUGUCCACCCAACAGCUCUCACAUUCCAAGUCACGUCAAUAUGGCUGACUCUCGCGUUCACGGUAGACCGCUAUAUCAUGAUCUGCCACCCGUUUAAGGCAGAACGCUGGUGCAGCGUGUCCCGGGCAAGGAAAGUGAUUUGUGGCCUUGUUACUGCUGGUUUUUUAUAUAACAUUCCACGAUUUUUCGAAUAUAAAGCUGAACAAGAACAGUUCCAUCUACCCGCUGAUAUCAUUGCAAACUUUACAAUUCCCUCGCCACUGCUGAUCAAGUUGACAAAGUUUGGUUCAAGUAACCUCUUCCGGGAAAUCAUACAUUCAUGGCUCUAUCUCAUAUGUGUUGCCGGAAUUCCAUUUUUGGCCUUAGUAGUUCUUAAUACAUUUCUAAUAAGGGCUGUCCACGAGUCGCGUAAGAAAGGACUGCAGCUCAACUCAAAAGACAAGCGUAGGAAUGACACCACAAUAAUGUUAAUCGGUGUUGUGAUCAUUUUCCUAUUAUGUCAAGGGCCUGCUUUAGUGUCGCGAAUGAUUUGGGCGUUGGAUUUCAAUGCAGCUUUCACUUCGUUAUCGUGGUAUACAUUCAGCGAAGUGUCAAACUUUCUUGUCAUAAUCAAUUCUGCCAUCAACAUAGUGCCAUAUUAUUUUUUCGGGAAGAAAUUCAGACGUCAGUUUUGGCGAACAUUUUGCUCUUGUAUAUUGACAAAGGAAGAGAUUCGUCGCCUAGCGCGUAGCCUUAGUUUAACAGUAGACAAUCGCAGGGCCAGCAAUAUCAGUAAUCCACAGCACAUAACCCACUGUCGAGGAGGUAUGGGGGAGAAUGGGAAAAAACACAAGAACAGUAUCGCCGUACCACUGAUACCAAACGUCCAGCGGUCAUCAUUCGAGGAAUUAAAUGUUCCGCCAAUAGCAUACACUGGAAACCAUGACAGUUUCUCGUCCACUGGGUCGGGACAUGAACUUCCUGAUCCUGGUGCCUCUGCUGAACCAUGCAAGCUCAUGGUGAAUCUAGAAACGAACGGAAACUGUGAGAUGAUUAAACUCGAUACGACAGUCUCGUGUGACAAGUGUCAAAACUAUAACGCCAUAUUAUGACAAUGAAAACAAUUAAUGACAUGUAAUGAUAAUUAUGAUAUAUUUAUAUAUAUAUAUAU